AUGGGUUGGGUUAGAGGAGAAACCCUCGGUAAGGGUGGUUUUGGGUUCGUCUCCAUCGCCAAAACCAUGCAAGAUCAUAAUCUGCCGCCGUUGAUUGCCGUGAAAUCCGCCAAAUUUUCCGAAUCCGAAUCACUGAAGAAGGAGAAGGAGCUGCUCGACAAGUUCCAGUCAUGCCCCUCUAUCCUCCGCUGCUUUGGUGACGAAAUCACGACCGAAAACGGGGAGAAACUCUACAACAUAUUGCUCGAGUAUGCCUCAGGUGGAUGCCUCGUCGAUCACAUCAUCAUCAAGGGCCUUCCGGAAAUCACCGUCAGCCGCUGCACGAAAUCCAUACUCAUGGCGCUCAUUCACAUCCACAAGGCCGGCUACGUUCACUGCGACGUGAAGCCUCACAACGUGUUGCUCGUCGGCCAAGACGCGAAGCUCGCGGAUCUAGGGAGCUGCUGCAAGACGAGCUUCGAUGGAAAUAGUAGGUGUGAUGAUUUCAGGGGCACGGUUAUGUAUGCGGCCCCAGAGUCAAUAGCCCAGCAGAAGUACUUGCCGGAGUCGGAUGUUUGGGCCUUGGGCUGCUCGGUUCUACAAAUGCUGACUGGAAAAUCACCGUGGGCUUUCGACAGCAAGGCCCAGCCGAAGGAUGUUCUCUUCAAGAUCGGGUGCAGUGACCAGAUUCCCCAGAUUCCAACAAACAACAGAAUAUCCAAAGAGGCUAAAGACUUUCUUGCAAAGUGUUUGGUGAAAGAUCCGACGGCAAGGUGGAAACCCGAUAUGCUUCUCGAUCAUCCAUUUGUCAACAGGGCCGAUCGACCAACAAUUGCCGGAAAAUACCAUCAUCAUCAUCAUCACCACCAUAGAUUGUCUCAUGGCAUUCACUCUUUGGUGCCUCACUGUUUUCACCAUCCAAAAGUGCAGGCCUGCUGA